GGAAAGGGAUAUUUGUUCCAGGGCUUCCGUCUGUUUUUUUAGUGCCAGUCCAAUACAGUGCUGUCUUCUGGUCCAUGCCGCAUUUGCUUCCUGGCCGAUAGGGCUAGCCAGAUCUGGGUGGGCCUGGUCCGCGCUCGGGGGGCGGUGCCGAGUUCAGGGAAGGGGGGCUCAAUCCUGGUGGAAUGGGCGCGGCAUCGCAGAGCGGAAUAGGCGUGGCCUUGUAAGGCUCCGCCCCGUCCCGCUUAGACAAUGCCCGGGAGCCGCCAGACCCAAGCGCCCCCGCCCCGUCGUAGGACGUGAACUCGCCAACCCAGGGACCCCUCAAAAGCUAGAGCUCCCAGUCUCUUGUCUUGAAGACUAGGAUUCCUUUGUAUCCCUACCCUACCCUCUGGGGGUGGGGCCCCAGCCGAGAUCACAGCGCAGCAGGAGUGACCACUGGAGACAGGUGAAGUAAAAAGAAAACAGAAAUCAGCUUGGCCGGAAAGGGCGUCUGUGUGGAUGGGAUGGGGACGCCGGGGGAGGGGCUGGGUCGCUGCUCCCAUGCCCUGAUCCGGGGUGUCCCCGAGAGCCUGGCGUCGGGGGAGAGUGCAGGGGCUGGCCUUCCAGCUCUGGACCUAGCCAAAGCUCAAAGGGAGCAUGGGGUGCUGGGGGGUAAACUGAGGCAGCGACUGGGGCUACAGCUGUUAGAACUGCCUCCGGAGGAAUCGCUGCCGCUAGGACCGCUGAUUGGUGAUACAGCCGUGAUUCAAGGCGAUACGGCCCUAAUCACGCGGCCCUGGAGCCCGGCUCGUAGACCUGAGGUUGAUGGAGUCCGCAAAGCCCUUCAGGACUUGGGUCUCCGAAUUGUGGAGAUGGGGGAUGAGAACGCAACUCUGGAUGGCACUGACGUUCUCUUCACGGGCCGGGAGUUUUUUGUAGGUCUCUCCAAGUGGACCAAUCACCGAGGAGCUGAGAUCGUGGCGGACACAUUCCGGGACUUCGCCGUCUCUACUGUGCCGGUCUCUGGCCCUUCUCACCUGCGUGGCCUCUGUGGCAUGGGGGGACCCCGCACUGUGGUAGCAGGCAGCAGUGACGCUGCCCAAAAAGCUGUCAGGGCAAUGGCAGUGCUGACAGAUCACCCAUAUGCCUCUCUGACUCUCCCAGAUGACCCAGCUGCUGACUGUCUCUUUCUGCGUCCUGGGUUGCCUGGUGCACUCCCUUUCCUCCUGCAUCGUGGAGGUGGGGACUUGCCUAACAGCCAGGAGGCACUGCAGAAGCUCUCUGAUGUCACCCUUGUACCUGUAUCCUGCUCAGAACUGGAAAAGGCUGGUGCUGGGCUCAGCUCCCUUUGCCUGGUGCUCAGCACACGCCCCCACAGUUGAGGGCCUGGCUUGGGAUUCUGGGUGGCCAGCAAAAUAGGAAUUAGAAGGGGAAGGAGAGCUGGGCAUGGUGGCACACACCUGUAAUGUCAGAGACUCGGAAGGCUGAGGCAGGAGGAUCACAAGUUUGAA